AUGUUGUUUCCGCUGUGCGCUGUGCUUCUCUAUGUUUGCGGUGUGGUGGUGUACAGGCUGUACUUCCAUCCUUUAAGCAGGUUCCCAGGGCCAAAAUUGGCGGCAGCAUCGACCCUCUACGAGUUCUACUAUAACGUGAUCCAGGGUGGUCGCUAUCUGUUCGUGAUAGAGGAUCUGCACAAAAAAUAUGGACCGAUUGUGCGUGUUACGCCCCACGAGCUUCAUGUCUCAGAUCCAUAUUUCUACACAGAAAUCUACGCAGGUCCCACUAGAAAGCGUGAGAAGGAUCCAAGAAUGGUCCGGUUGGCAGGACAGCCAACUUCCAUGUUCGCCACUGUUGAUCACCACUUGCACGCUUCUCGGAGGGCUAUCCUCAGUAGUUACUUCUCUAAGAAGUCCAUUACCGGCCUGGAGGGCAUGAUCCAAGGCAAGGUUGAGAAACUUGUAACACGACUUUCUAAAGCCUGUGAUCAGGGUAUCGUUGUUCCCCUAGACUCUGCAUCGUCCGCUUUGACUGCCGAUAUCAUUUCGGAGUUUGCAUAUGGUGUCAGUCUGGACUAUCUGGAUGAUCCCAAUUUCAAGAACGAGGUUGCAGAGUCCAUUUUGAGUCUUGCAUCGUCUGUCCAUGUUUUAAAGUUUUUCCCUUUCAUUUUGUCUAUUUCCAAAAUCAUCCCGGACAGUGUCGUUGAAUAUCUUUCUCCGGAGGCUUCUAAGAUAUUGCGCUUGCAGAAAUUGGUUCGUGCGCAAGCAGCAGUUGCACUAGAGAAUGAGGGCAAGGUCGAGGGCAAAGUCACAAUGUUUGGAGCUCUAUGUGACCCUUCUUUGCCGCCACAAGAGCGCACUCUUGAUCGGCUUCAGGACGAGGGCUUCUCAUUGAUUGGCGGUGGCACCGAAACUACCACAGGAACACUGAAGAUCAUCAUGUUCAAUUUGCUACAUGACAAGUCUCUGUUGUUGAAGCUCCGUGAGGAACUUGCCCAGAAUUCAAGCGACACAUGGGCUGAGCUCGAACAACUACCCUACAUGAGAGGAGUUAUCAACGAGGGACUUCGUCUCUCCGGAGUUAUUACCCGACUUCCGAGACGUGCUCCAGAUGAAGCAUUGCAGUUGAACGAGUGGACAAUUCCCGCAAAUGUAAAACGACCAACCCUUUCAAGCACAUCAUCGUGGUUUAUGCAUAUGAAUACAGAGUUGUUCCCUGAUCCGCAUAAAUUCGACCCUGAGCGAUGGAUCCGUGCCCAGGAAGCCGGACAGCGCCUUGAGCCAAUGAUCGCUGCAUUCAUUAAAGGAUCUAGACAAUGUCUGGGCAAUAAUCUUGCUUUGGCUGAACUAUACCUUGUUAUCUCUGCAUUGGUCCGGCAAUUCGAAAUGGAUUUGUACAAAACAGGUCCCGAGCAUAUUCUUACUUACAGAGAGUUUGGAUUUGGAGUUCCCAAGGAGAAAGGAGGGUUGAAGGUCAUGAUUAAAAAAACCUUGAGCGCUUAG